GGGGCACGAACUUCCUGGGAGACCAUCCCUCCCAGGAGAGCAAGAUCACACACCCACCCAGCUCUCCUGCACCCAUUUUCUUCCAGGAAUCUGGGAGGUCCUUCCCAUAGGAAGGGCCUGGGGAGGAGACCCAGCCCACUCCCCGGCUCUAGUAGGGAAGGCGAGAAAGCAAAACCAGCGUCUCUAGCGUGGUUGCCACACUCGGGAGGCCGGUGGGAGAUCACUCCCAUCGUACCCCUGUCCAUGGAAACGUGGAGGGAGAGUCUCGCUUGGAGAAACCUGGAUCGUUGCUAGAAAGAGGGAGGUAGAAAACAUGAGUGAGGAGGGUGCUUAGCUCCACCUGAACAUGAAAGGCAUCUGGGUGCUCCUGUAAACCUCACAAGCUUAGAAGACCUGUUCUCAUCUGAUGCCUAGGUGAUGGAAGAGCCUCUCCUCUUUGGUGCUCUGAAGAGAGAUUCAAAAGAUCCAGUUGUCAUCGGUAUCCAGGGAGCCCUCCUCUUCCUCCCCCUCCUCCUGCCGCCUCUCUACCACCGCAGUUGCUGGUUGUUGCUAAGAUUGCCUCCAUGGUAACAUGCACAUCCUGUUUAUACUUCAAUCUGCACAAGUUGGUCUGAGCUAGGAACCUACCUACCCUGGAUAACCACUUCCAUCACCACCUGGGGACGCCAAUCAUCGUGACACGUGGUCCAGCUUCCACUCUCUUCCCCCAUCUUCUUCCUCCUCCCGCUUCCAGGCUCCAUACGCAAGAAGAUCUGAGCUUGCGGCUGCUACUCUGAAGGUUAUUGCACAAGAUAUAGUUGAUCUGUUUCCUUACUGGGCCUCCCAGAGAAGCAAGAAGUAGAAAGAAGUGGGACAGAGAAGCAAAAGACCUUGAUCAGUUGAAGGGAAACUCCAGAUCUUCUCUAGUUGAGGGGCUUGGUAACAGCAGGAAAAAAUGACGAACCCAGCAGAGCAUACUUUGUCAACUAACUCCAUGGUCGAGAGCCGUGAAGGGGACUUUGGCUGCACAGUAAUGGACCUGAGGAAGCUCAUGGAGCUGCGUUCAACUGAUGCAUUAAACCAGAUCAGUGACCACUAUGGAAGUGUACAGAAUCUCUGCAGUAGACUGAGAACCUCCCCUGUGGAAGGUCUAUCUGGGAACCCUGCGGAUCUGGAGAAACGUAGGCGAGUGUUUGGACAGAACUUGAUCCCCCCAAAAAGAUCCAAGACCUUCUUAGAACUAGUCUGGGAAGCUCUUCAAGAUGUCACACUCAUCAUCUUGGAGAUUGCAGCCAUCAUUUCCCUGGUCCUGUCCUUCUAUCGCCCCCCCAGUGGAGAUCAUGAACAGUGUGGUCAAGUCGCAAGCUCAGAUGAUGAAGAGGAGGCAGAAACCGGCUGGAUUGAGGGGGCAGCCAUCCUUUUCUCAGUGAUCAUUGUGGUGCUAGUGACCGCCUUCAAUGAUUGGAGCAAAGAGAAGCAAUUCCGGGGGCUGCAGAGCCGCAUUGAACAGGAGCAGAAAUUCUCCGUUAUCCGAAAUGGCCAGAUUAUCCAGCUGCCUGUGGCAGAGAUCGUGGUGGGUGAUAUCGCCCAAAUCAAAUAUGGUGACCUGCUGCCUGCAGAUGGCAUCCUGAUUCAGGGCAAUGACCUGAAGAUUGAUGAGAGCUCUCUGACCGGGGAGUCGGACCAUGUCAAGAAGUCCUUGGACAAAGACCCCAUGCUGCUCUCAGGGACCCAUGUCAUGGAAGGUUCAGGCCGGAUGGUGGUGACUGCUGUGGGCAUCAACUCCCAGACUGGAAUCAUCUUUACCCUCUUGGGGGCCAGUGAGGGAGAUGAGGAGAAGAAGAAGAAAGGUAAAAAACAAGGAGUCCCUGAAAAUCGCAACAAAGCAAAGACCCAGGAUGGAGUGGCCCUGGAGAUCCAACCACUCAACAGCCAGGAAGGGCUUGAAGGUGAGGAAAAGGAGAAGAAGGCUGCCAAGCUACCCAAAAAGGAGAAGUCGGUGCUGCAGGGCAAGCUGACACGCUUGGCUGUACAGAUUGGGAAAGCUGGUCUGAUCAUGUCUGCUUUGACCGUUUUUAUCCUGGUUCUGUACUUUGUGAUUGAGAACUUCGUGAUACAGCGCAGACCGUGGCUAUCUGAGUGUACUCCUAUCUACGUCCAAUACUUUGUCAAGUUCUUCAUCAUCGGUGUCACUGUGCUGGUGGUGGCUGUGCCGGAGGGGCUGCCACUAGCUGUCACCAUCUCACUGGCCUACUCUGUGAAGAAAAUGAUGAAAGACAAUAACCUGGUGCGGCACUUGGAUGCUUGUGAGACAAUGGGCAAUGCCACAGCCAUUUGCUCCGAUAAGACGGGCACAUUGACUAUGAACCGCAUGACUGUGGUACAGGCCUACAUUGGGGGCUCCCAUUACCAUGAGAUCCCAAGCCCUGAUGUCCUUGUGCCCAAGGUCCUGGACCUUAUUGUCAAUGGCAUUUCUAUCAACAGUGCCUAUACCUCCAAGAUUCUGCCUCCGGAGAAGGAGGGGGGCCUGCCUCGGCAGGUAGGCAACAAGACGGAGUGUGCCCUGCUGGGCUUCGUCACGGACCUGAAGCAGGAUUACCAGGCGGUGCGCAUGGAGGUGCCUGAGGAGAAGAUCUACAAGGUGUACACCUUCAACUCGGUGCGCAAGUCAAUGAGCACGGUCAUCAGGAAGCCCGAUGGCGGCUUCCGCAUGUACAGCAAGGGCGCCUCUGAGAUAAUGUUGCGCAAGUGUAAUCGAAUCCUGGACAAGAAAGGGGAAGCAGUGCCAUUCAGGAGUAAGGACCGAGAUGAAAUGGUGCGCACCGUUAUUGAGCCCAUGGCCUGUGAGGGACUCCGGACAAUUUGCAUGGCUUACCGGGAAUUCAAUGAUGCAGAGCCCGUGUGGGACAAUGAGGGCGACAUCCUCACUGAACUGACCUGCAUCGCGGUGGUGGGCAUUGAGGACCCCGUGCGCCCAGAGGUACCAGACGCUAUUGCCAAAUGCAAAAGAGCUGGAAUUACUGUCAGAAUGGUGACAGGUGACAACAUCAAUACAGCCCGGGCCAUUGCCACCAAGUGUGGCAUCUUGACCCCUGGAGAUGACUUCCUGUGCUUAGAAGGCAAAGAAUUCAACCGGCUCAUCCGCAACGAGAAGGGCGAGGUAGAGCAAGAAAAGCUGGACAAGAUCUGGCCUAAGCUUCGAGUCCUGGCGCGAUCUUCCCCCACUGACAAGCACACACUGGUGAAAGGCAUCAUUGACAGCACUGUGGGGGAACAUCGGCAGGUGGUGGCCGUCACUGGUGAUGGCACAAAUGAUGGACCAGCUCUAAAGAAAGCAGACGUCGGUUUUGCAAUGGGUAUUGCUGGCACAGAUGUAGCCAAGGAAGCAUCAGACAUCAUCCUAACAGAUGACAACUUCACCAGCAUUGUAAAGGCAGUGAUGUGGGGACGAAACGUUUAUGACAGCAUCUCCAAGUUCCUGCAGUUCCAGCUUACUGUCAAUGUGGUGGCUGUGAUCGUGGCCUUCACUGGGGCCUGUAUCACUCAGGAUUCUCCGUUGAAAGCCGUGCAGAUGUUGUGGGUUAAUCUAAUCAUGGACACUUUUGCCUCAUUGGCCCUGGCCACCGAGCCCCCUACAGAUUCUCUGUUGCAGCGUCGUCCUUACGGCCGAAAUAAGCCUCUGAUCUCACGUACUAUGAUGAAGAACAUCUUGGGCCAUGGAGUCUAUCAGCUCACUGUCAUCUUUGUCCUUGUCUUUGCCGGUGAGAAAUUCUUUGACAUUGAUAGUGGGAGGAAGGCACCUCUACACUCACCACCCAGCCAGCACUACACCAUUGUUUUCAACACCUUUGUGCUGAUGCAGCUCUUCAAUGAAAUCAAUGCUCGCAAGAUCCAUGGAGAGAGGAAUGUUUUUUCAGGCAUCUUCCACAACAUCAUCUUCUGCAGUGUGGUCUUGGGCACGUUCAUCAGCCAGAUUCUCAUUGUGGAAUUUGGAGGUAAACCCUUCAGUUGUACAAACCUCACCCUGGCCCAGUGGUUUUGGUGUCUCUUCAUCGGGAUUGGAGAGCUGCUGUGGGGCCAGGUAAUCUCUGCAAUACCUACCAAAUCCCUAAAGUUCCUGAAGGAGGCUGGACAUGGCACUGCCAAAGAGGAAAUCACCAAGGAGGCCGAGGGGCUGGAUGAGAUCGACCACGGAGAGAUGGAGCUGCGCCGAGGCCAGAUCCUCUGGUUCCGCGGCCUGAACCGAAUCCAGACUCAGAUCAAAGUGGUCAAAGCGUUCCAUAGUUCUCUCCACGAAAGCAUUAAGAAACCCACGAACCAAAACUCCAUCCACAACUUCAUGACCCACCCUGAGUUCGCCAUAGAUGACGAAGGGCCACGAACACCACUUCUGGAUGAGCAAGAAGAAGAAAUUUCUGAAAAGGUUUCAAAGUCUGGGCCUAGGGUGCUCUCGUUGGAUGGUGAGGUCACUCCCUAUGCCAACAAAAACAACAAUGCGGUGGAUUGCAACCGAGUGCAAAUUGUUGCCUCCGACUCAGACAGCCCUCUGCACAGCCUGGAAACAUCGGUUUGAACUUUCAUUCUCUGACUCCCAUCCCUGCUUUCCUAUUUCUUUUUUCAUCUAUCCUGUCUAUGGGGUGAUGAUGGGACUUUUCACUGUUAUGUCACCUGCUCCCAAGUAUGUGUGAACCAUCACCUGGCCAUGAAGAAGCAAGAGCAGAGAUCUACAAGGAUUUCAUUUCAUUAAACUUGAGUUGGGGUUUGUAGCAGGACCCAAUCAAAACCCCAGGCAGGUAGUAGUAGAAUCUACUCUUCGGUGUAUAAGUUGUCAUUUUUAAAGAAAUGACGCCAAUCCUCUUGGCAUCACACCAACCUAGAUUUUCCCCGGUGUUCGUACUAAUGUUGCCAUCUCCUGCCUUCUGGAGCUUACCCUGAGUCUGUGCCACUUGUAAGCUAAGUUGAGGGUUCAGAGAAAGAUAAAUGUCCUAAAAAGGAAUGUGUUGCGGUAGGAAUGGAAUGUAUAAAAUCAGCCCAUAGAGUGAUUGCUUUUUAAACAAUUCUCCAUUUUCAGAACUUUUACCUAAAGCCUCCUAGCUCUUUCUUCUGUUUCAGCCACACCUCACCAGGUCUUUUGUGACCUUUGUCUUCCUUCCCUUCACUCUUUUUUUUUUUUUUUUUUUU